AUGUACUUGUAUGUAUUCAUAUUGUGUUGUUCUAUUGUUUUUACUGAUGCAAGGCACUUCAAUGGAGGAACGAUAGGAUGGACUCCCAUUGAUCCUUAUGAUAAUUCUACUUCUGUUGAUAUUAUUAUUACACAAUCUUAUUCAUGGACAUAUCCAUAUGUACAAUGUUCCACCAAUGUACCAAUCUCGACUAGUACAUUUAGUGGUGCCAACACUAACCUGAUUUGUAUGGCUGACUGUUCGACUGAUGGUGGUUAUUCUACUAAACCAAUUGAUAUUCUUACUGAUUGUACAUCAACUAGUUCAUCAUUGAAAAUGAUGACUACUGAACGAUCGAAAAAUAUUACUCUUUCUGCUGAUGCGCAUUUUUAUCUAUCUUAUAGAGGAAAUGCUUGGUUAUCAUUAAAUGAUCCUGCACAACCAGGCCUUGAUUGGUCUAUUGUAACAUACACUGAUCUUCGUAAACGACCAGAUGGUUUCAUUAAUACUCCACCUGUUGCCAAGGUUGUUUCUCCACAAUAUACCAUUGUGAAUAAAACAAUACAAAUAAAGAUUCCUGUGUCAGAUGCGAAUGCUGGUGAUGAUGUUGAAGAUUUUAUCAAUGAAACAAGUAUGACACCAAUGAGUUCUGUACCAGUUCAAUUUUUGAUUUAUGUUCAACCACAACCAGCUUGUUCAAUCGAACCUGUGAUUAUUCCUCUAGAUCGUUGUCUAGAAGUACAAGCUGGUGUUACAAUCAGCUUUAAUCUAUCUGCAAUAAACUUAUGUGAUCAGAGUGUGGCUACACUUAUUGCUAUCAUUGUUUCCAGUGGAAUUAGUGGUGUGACUUAUGGUAAUCUUACACAUUCAUCAACAAACUCAUCAAUCUAUUAUGUCAUGUUCACUUGGACACCACAGGCAAAUCAAAUUGGAGUACAGCAAUUAUGUACAGUUGCAUAUACGAGGUAUAAUUUUUCUUGA